AUGAGGAAAGGUUUGUGCAAGUCCAUUCAUCCCAUCAUGAGGAAAGGUUUGUGCAAGUCCAUUCAUCCCAUCAUGAGGAAAGAUUCUAUCAUAAAUAUAUCAAAAAUAACUUCAACAGUGUAUUUCAUCUUUUGCCCGGAUUCAGAUGAUACCAAGGACUGUGGCAACCUCUUUCUACUGUCCAUAACCGCUGACCGUUUGGCUGGCGGUCCUUUCCAGACAUAUCUGAAGUCGAAGAACGACAAACUGAGCUUGGCACAUCUUCAGUUUUGGGAGGACGUGCAAACAUACAUAGCUAUAGCCAACUCUAGUGCUGUCGAUUUGAAGUAUCGUCUUGGUAGAAAUAUUCUGGUUACAUAUCUCCAACAUGGUAGCAUCCGGGAAAUACGGGUGGACUGCAAUGUGCGUGAACGCCUUUGUCGUCUUCUGCAGCGUUGUCAUGCUGACGUCAUGUUAUCGAGAAUUGCUAAUAAAACAAUCGAGGUGCUGUACGAUCCUUGGCAGGCAUUCGUUCAAGCCGAUAAAGACGAUUUGAAAAACACACUGUUAUCAUGCGGGAGAAGAGGAACUGUCGCUUUGGAGGAAGCACUGGAAAACAAUGAAAACAACGAAUCAUUUCGUGUUCUCAGAGCUUUGGACCUUGCACUGUGUCUUGGAAUGGGAGAUUCUCAACAAGUUGCCGUCGAGGAAGAAGAUGUUCUCUUGUCCGAGAGCGACGAAGAGGAAUUCGAAAACGAGGGAAGUUUACGAAAGAGAAGACUUACUAUAGUAAACGAAGAGGCGGCCGAAGCUCUUGUGGCGUUUGUGAAAGAAGAGGAAGUCUCGGCGGAAAAUGCAAGAAGAAAAUCGCAUUUUUACGGCAAGGCAAACAGGAGGGUUAGAAAAUCAAGUGUUUUUAACUCUGUGGCUUUAAAAAUUCGUCCACCAAAGCCGAGAUUCUUCUCGGACAUUUUGUCGGACUCGACGCAGUUAUUGUGGCUGAAACGUUUCCUCAGCGAUCACGGUGUGUUAAUGCCAUUGAAGUUUUGGCAGGACGUUGAACGAAUGAAAACUCAGAGUAAGGACAGUCGAGCCAGGCAGGCAAAAGCACGAGCGAUAGUGAAACAGUACUUCGCAAACAUCGAAGAUCCAUGUAGAAGUCUUCAUUGUCAGGCGGAUAUCAUCAGAGACAUACCGCUCAUCGAUCACGUGACACCAGCGAUGUUAGUGUCUGCGCAGGCGUGUGUCAUUCGUAGCCUGGAGGAACAAUGGUUUUAUCGAUAUCUUGCUACAUUCCCUGAAGACGCAAAAGAGGAAGAUUUGGAGAAGUACGCUGCUCGUAACACUCUCAUGGGAAUCACUAAGAUUGCAUCAUGGGGAAAGACGCGUGGACUGUGGGCUGUGUUUGGUCAAAGUAUGAUGGCUUUCAUUCGCGGCGUUACUAAACACGAAAGCCGCGAGUGUUUCAUAAGGUUUCUUGUGAGCGAAUCUAAAAUUUCCCCCGAAGGUCGAAAGCAUAUAAAUCAAAACUAUAAGAGAAUCAUAAAUAAUCGCGUCAUCUCUGCUGACCAUUUGGCAAGCGAUUUGAGGUUUUGGUUGGAAGUUCAGCGCUUCAAGGAAAUGGUCGACGGUGCGUCCCUUUGUGCUCUGGCCGGCAACUACUCCCUAGACGAUGAAAAACUGAUUCGUUCUAAAGCAAAGACGAUCAUCUGUUGUUUUCUUGAUUCUGCAUUGCCGCCAAGAUUACAGAUCAAUAUCCCGUAUGAAAUGAGCGAUAGAAUAUGUCACGAGUUCAACUCUGGCAUUUCCGACCGUGGCUUGUUUCACGACGCUGAAAUUUACGUGUUUUGUACCCUCAUCAAUUACUGGAAGAAAUUUUUAGCCAGCGACAUGAAAUUUGACGAUGGUGCUGGCAAAGAAGAGAGAAAAGGACGCAGGAAACAUAAACAUAAAAACGACAAAGAAACGUUGUAUAUAGAAGGCAUUCCUUACAGACGAAUUGCAAUCCUUCCAGACGAAGAUUCAAGGCUGAGCUUUUCUCUUAUGACAGGUUUGCGAAUCAUAUCGUAAAAAUCAUUGUCGUAAAGUUGAUUAUUGAAUUAGUAAAUGUCAUUUGAGGCA